CUCAUAACUGUUGUGAUGGAGAGCCACAUGCUGGCGACAUGGCUGCUGUUGUGUGUGCUCCUGCGGCCGUCGGCUACACAGGACACUGCACCUGAAGGAGUGCUGAACUGCUGCGAGGGAGACGUCCUCUUCUUGCUGGACUCCUCGGGAAGCGUGUCGUCCUACGAGCACUCGCGCAUACUCGCCUUCCUGUCGGAGCUCCUUCUGCCCUUCUCGCUGGGGGAGGACCAGGUGAGGGUGGGACUCCUGCAGGUGGGCACCCUGCCUCGUCUGGAGUUUGGCUUCGACGCCCACGGCGCCCAGAGCGGCCUCCAGGAGGCCUUGAGGAACGUCAAGCCUCUGAGAGGAGACACCAACACAGUGGAAGCGCUGAGAAUGGCAAGGGAGCGGGCGCUGAGACCCGGAGCACCGGGUGGGGCCCGGGAAGGGCUCCCGAGGGUGCUGGUGUGGUUGACGGACGGGGUGAAGCCCGGCGACGUGAUCAAGCCGAUGGCGGAGCUCCGGGAGGAGGGCGUGGCGGUGCUGGUGGUCUCUACCGGGCACAGCAACUACCAGAUGCUGAGGCAGGUGGUGACUCCGCCGGUGGAGAACAACCUGUACUUUGUGGACAUCGACGAUGUGAGCAUCAUCACAGAGGACCUGCGGGACGCCAUCAUCGAAAUCAUCCGAGCCGAGCGCAUCACCGUCCGCGACAUUGCCACCGACUCUGCCACCCUGCAAUGGCGGCCCGUCCUGUCCGGUUUGACGGGCUACUACGAGAUCCGCUUCAGUUCGCUGUCGCCGGGAGAAGCGGGAGGUGGAGGAGGUGAAGCCGGAACCAGUCCGAGCACCAGUGGGGCUCAUUACCAGAGGCUGACCAAGUCUGCAGAGUCCAGCACUGCUAGACUGACAGGCCUGAAGCCUGACACCACCUACACCGCCACGCUCACCCCGGAGUCCAAUGACCAGGCGUUUAACACGCUCUCCAUCACCUUCGCAACUAAGCCAGAGGUGCUGAGCCCCGCCGUGGUGACGGUCUCUGAGUCGGGGCUAACCAGCGUCCGGGUGAGUUGGGGUCCCUCUCAACCGGAGGCGGUCACGAGCUACUACGUGGAGUACUCCGCCCUGCCCAGGGGCAAGCUCCACGCCGUCACCGUCGGCCGGACGCAGAACUCCACGCUCCUCAGGGACCUCCAACCAGACACCACGUACUUGGUCACAGUCAGCUCCCGGCACGCCUCGGGCACGGAAAAGGCGAUGUCCGUCAAGGUGUGCACUCAGGAAGUGACUCCGGCCCUGGCUGACCUCCAGCUGACCACGGUGGGCAGUGACUCGGUGCAGGUCAACUGGAGGAGCAGCCCGGGCGGUCUGAGGGGCUACUGGCUCACCUGGGAGGGUCAGCGGAGCUCGGUCCCCGGCCAGCGCUCCUCCCUCUACCUGCCUCCCGACUCAUUGUCCACGCGGCUCAAUAGCCUGCCCCCGGCGGCCAGAGUGUGUGUGUCACCCAUUUACCGGACGGCGCGAGGGGAGGGGCUGUGUUGCACCGCACAGUUCCAUUCAAAUGCACUAUCAUAUGGCUACCAAUCAUAGCACCCCCUGAGCUGCAAGUGCUCCCUACCAAACUUGGAGGCCCGAUGCAGGCAAAGAAGAAUGCAGACUUUUCUUCCAUCACUCUUUUCCGUUGCCUCUCCCCUCUGUGGACGUUAUCCAGGAGAGCUGUGUGGUUUUGGCUCACUGAGCACUCGUGUGGAAGCCAUAGACACGUGAGAGACAAUAUGGCCACAAGUUGACUGCUACGAAUGUGCAACACAGAGUACUAUUUGCUUUUUCCACUUUCUUCCUCAUGUCCUCUGGUUUACAACCGUAAUAUAUGUAUAAUACAGAGUAGAGUUACAAGCAUAAAAUGAAGAUUUUUCUGGGGUUUGUUUUUAGUUUUUUCCCCGCAGAAACAGAGCGGGGCAUGCUGGGAAUGUUGGAUAUUUUAUGUGGCUUGUUCCGGAGAAGGGCUUUGCACCAUAUGUGGACCCGAUGCCAAAAUCAGCUUUUUUUCUUCUCUACUCCAAAUCCUGCUAACACACAGAGUAAAUCUGAUGUACAUUUAGAAUGAAUACUCACAAGUUUUACUCAAAUUACUUAUUAGGGUCCCUAAUAACGGUCUGCAGGAUUGCUUUGAACAGCGUCCACAUGUCCCGUCGCUGCGGAAAUGCUGGGUUGUAUGUGAGUAAUUUCUGCCUGUGGGCAUGGAUCCAUUAUUCAUAUUUAUUAAUCAGGAAUCAUGUAAGCAUGAUAAUUAAUAACGCACAGUAUUGAUAGACAUGCUGUUUACAUAUUAAGACUGUUACCUUCUUUUUAAGCGAGUCUCUGCUGCCCCCUGUUGAAAGGAUCCUAACAGGCGUACAGCUGGUCUUUUCCUGGUAUUCUCAAAUGUGUUGUAUAUUGUUGGUUGACCACUAUUGAAAUUUAACAUAUGUAAUAGAAAAAUGCAAUAAAGUCCUUUAAUAAUGUU